AUGUCCACACCUCUUCUUCCUAAACUCUUCUCCUCCCUCGUUGCAAUUCCAUCCAUGCUAUUGGUGGUAUUCAAUUUGGUUGCACUCAUUCUUUACUUUACAGAUGUAGCCGGAAGUAAAAUGCCAAUUUCUCCAUUCGAAAGUUAUAUUUCACUGAGCUUGUGUUCAUUCUUACAGAUGGUUGUGGCCAUUUUAAACUUGAUCACCAUGUCUAAUGUAUUACAAAAGGACAUGAGCAAGUGCAUGUCAAGUGAACCUUCAUGUGUCAUUCCACCAAAUGUCAUUCUUGGCUUUAAGGUUGCGUUAUUGAUUGCUGCUUCUAUUUGUUUUGGAAUGAAUUUGGAUGCAUCCUUUUCUAUAAUUUAUGGAAUUAGAAGUGUUAAUUUUCUUCACUUACCAGUUGCUUCAUCAAUUAUUUGUCUCUUAGUUGCAAGUAUUUUGAAUAUUUUGUGUGGAAUUGCUUCAAUUGUUAGUGCAUUGAUUUUGAUCAUUGUUAAGGGAGAUGAAGAUGAUGCUGAACUAUUGGCAACUAAACGUCGUUUAUUAUAA